AUGACCUGGGUCGUCAUCACUCGCACCUUCAGAUCCGGACAGCCGUUCAUGUGGAGCAACAUACCAGACCCGACGUUGUCCGUUCAGCAGCUUCAAGUGAACUUGACGGUCAGUAUCUACGACCAUGCCAGCUUCACUGCCCUACUACACCACCUGAAACCACUUCCAUCGAUGCACUCACGAGUCAGGAGGUUACGGAUCCGACUGGACUUCCUUGAGCAGAUUCGUGAGAAUGAACCAAGCUUCGGAGCAGCUACGCAAUAUGUACGCGAGCUGAAUCUUGCCCUAGAACAUGUGCACUGGGUCCAUAAUGUGGUUAUGGAGUGGACAAUCGCUGAGCAUGGUCUGGAGGAUGUACUUCCUGAAUCAUCUUGGCAGCGCGAUUCGGCGACGGAUCCUGUGCCUGAGAUAAGGACCUCAUCAGCUAUAUCACCACCAGGCGCUGGAUCCACUAUGCAGCAAGACACCCGCGAUCGUGAGCAGAUCGAUCAAGUCCAUCAAUCGGCCACACAUCCAGACCCUCAUGCCGUAUGGACGACAGUACGGCCACUAUUAGACGACGAACACCGAUUCAAUGGCUGGCGCGACCGUGGGAACUAUCGCAAUCCGGACACUAUACAGCAUCUUCAAGUCGAGCUCGCCGGCGCUAUGGACCAUCCGCCAAGCUUUUGGAUCAACCCAGCCUGGUUGCGAGCAAUACCUGGGAGAUUUCCAGCAGUUCGAUGUCUCCGUCUCCGAGUUGACUUCAACGUGGCGACAGUAGAGGAGUCGCAUCGACCACUGGUCGUGCAGUGGGUGUACAGACGCCUGUACCGUACGUCUGGUGAGAUGCAGUGGCCUCACACGGUCGAGGUUCUGCUCGCUAUCAAUGACGGGAUGGAGAGCACCUUUGAAUCCUUCGAUAUCGUAACAGAGACCUCGACCGACGUGGUGACAGCACGGUUUCAAAAGAUCAGAUCGUGGCAACCACUCUUCACGAUAUUGCCGCCCAGUUCCACAGUUGACAAGCAGACCGUCUUAUCGCGGGUAAUACCGCAGGACCAUCAAGUGCAGAUGACACUUACCACGCAACAACGGCGACCAUUGUACACUGGGUACCGCUGGCAGUCGAUGGGCAACAUUGUUCACAUAAGCGAAGAUACUGUAGCUUACCAAGCUCAAACAUCCGCCCUGUCACGGAUGACCCCGGUGCAAAAAGCUGGCAGAACAGCAAGCGAAGAUGAAGCUGGGAGCGUACAAAGCCAAGCAAAUGAUGCUGUCCAGCAUCCAGACGCGGCUGGUGAAGACGCCAUCAUGCAGGACCCAUCUGCUGACAGCGAGGAGCCUAUCGUCACCAGAUCAAGUCAUGCACAGACACAGGGCUUGGCAGGUCCUCCAGAACAGACUGUGCAGAGACAUGAGCCGGAUGAUCUCGGCGACGACGAUCCGACGGGAGUUCCGCCAUUGGACGGGCUCAACAUCACGCGGUCACAGCAAGAUGAACAAUUUGUCAUUACGGAACUGGAUGAGGGUGACGAUCAUGGCCAGGAGAGAGACCUUUCUCAGACGGCGACAAAUGCGGUCGCGGAUCGCCGGUCAGAUGAUGAAGACCAAUCAGAGCAGAGUAUGACUGAGGUGGAGGAGGCUGCAGGUAUCCUUCUGUUAUUGAAGCAGGGGGGACUGUGA